GUUUUCGUAGUCAACCUGAUUGUUUAGAACAUAAACAAAUUAGAGCGAUGUUUUGGCAUAUGAGAAAUUAACCUCUUGUUUAAUGAAAAUGGCAAAAAAGUGCAAUAUUUUUUAUUUGGAGAGAUUAAAAUAAUGAAAUGAAAUAUUUGAGAUGAGGUAAAAUAGUGCAGAGGAUACGUUUGGGUGAAUUGGUGGGGAUUUAUAAAGUGGAAAGAUGUAUUAUGUGUGGGGGAAGCCAUCGAUAUCAAGGCCAACGCAGACGCGUCCGACCCAGCAACCGACAACAAGCGCGAGGAAACGGGAAAAAUGCAAGAGAAAACGCCAGAACUUGGUGUGGAGCCCCGAGGAAGAGGUCUGGCACGAGCCUUACAUGGUCUGCCUCCACAAACAAUUUUCUGAUCCUUCAAUUCGAUGCGACUCCACGCUGGAACUCCCCUGGAAGGAUAUUGCUCUUCCACUCAGUGGAAUGCGCAUCAGACCGGAAGUCCGAAUGUCAUUGACUGCAGAUGAUGAUGCCAAGGAUACGGAAGAAGUUGAAGAACUGGAAAAAAAAGAGUCAACUGGUCGAAUGGAACUACCCUGGCACAACCUCCUAGUGGCAGACAUGACGCCGCAGAUGUCUCCGGAUGUCGGCGGAUGUGACUCAACAGUGGAAAUUCCGUGGGGCCAACUGACGUUCGAGGAACCUCCCCAAAUAAAACCCCCACCAGUUGAGCGAACCUGUUCAGGUGACGACAUCGAGGUACCCUGGAACGACAUUAUGGUACCCCAAAAUAUCAUAAUCGCUGGGAAGACACGAAAACAUCCAUCGAAUUUAAUAAAACGUCGCCCUGGGGGCUCAGACAAGUGUCAGCCCUGCAAUCGCUGCUCAAAAGAACAGAAGAGCAAUCGAAAAUUACCUGUUUCAGUCCUCAAAUGCCCUGGCGCCAAACGAUAAGCACUCGGUCGAAUCCGUCCGGCUACAAUAAAUUUAUGGGAUUUUUAUAAAGUUUCUUAAGUUCAAUUCAUCAGUUAUUACGAAAUUAUUCCAUGUUUGCCGAAAUUUCGGUGAAAUUGAGUUGCUGUUUCGUGCAAGACGGAGUUGCUGAUUCUCGUCGGUAUAUCCUGAAAGUAAAUUUUAAAGUUUGUCAAUUUAAUAGUCAGUGUUCUUCUUCGUCAGUCUUCUAUUGUGCAAUUAGAAAUUCAAUUCGUUUAAAUGAUUAAUAUGAUUUUGAAAGGAAAUGGAUCGAUGGAGCUAUCGGAUAACUUUUAGUAAAUUCUGGAAAUAUUUUUGAAAACUGGUAGAACUAAAUACUUGGCCUAUGCGGGCACUUUUAAGUAAUGAUUAAUAAAAUGAGGGGAAGCAACAAACGUCUUUAUUGAUUUUUAAAAAAUAAAGUUAUUGAAGGCUGUAUGUUGUAUCUAUGUCCAAGAUUACGUCACACCCUAAAAUUCGGCCUUUUCAUUUUUUUUCGGACCUUUAGACUUGAUUAAUGGAACUCUACAUGAAUUUGAAUAUUUUGACAAGAUCUUCAAAA